CAGCAAGUAAAUCAGUUAGGCUUAAGUAACUCAUGGGAAGUAGAAAGUGCAGCUCUUAUAGGAUAUCAUACUGGCAAAAAUCCAGAUCAUAGAGCCAUGUCUACAUUAAGGGACAAGGGUAUCACAAAUUAUUCUCAUAAAGCAAGACCAAUCACCGAGGAAGAUUUUACCAAGUUUGAUUGGAUAUUUGGAAUGGACAAUAAUAACAUUCAAGAAUUGAACAAUAUGAAACCUAGUAAUAGUACUGCUAAAAUUGAACUUCUCGGAAAAUACGAUCCACAAGGAGAAACGAUAAUAAGAGAUCCGUAUUAUGUGUGUAAUUCUUUUAAUAGAAUAUAUCCUAUU